AGAGAGACGUAUGAAAAUCAACUUUUAGUGGUUCCCCGAUAUUCAUUAUAGAUGCCAAUAAACAAAGUGCAUACGAAAGUAUCGGAAAGAGCAAUAAGUAUAAAAGCAAUGCUAUGAGUCCUACAAAGACAUCAUUUCCUUGGGAACUCUUGUCUCGACAGCAAUUAAGGACUCGAGAAAAAUGAGAAGCUUAGUAAUAAGAGCAGCUUUAGCUGCUGUGCUUGUUAUCGUAGUUAAUGGAGAAACAUUCGAAUCACACUCGAUAUAUCCACAUGCUAUUAUUUCAAAAAAGACUGAUACUCAUCGUCCAAAUCUUCAAAUUCCUGAAAUUCAACAAUAUCAAGAUCAAUUUGACGUGGUAAACAUACAUCGUAAACGACGUGAAGCUGAUCCUGAGUCUAACAAACCAAGACCUCAACAAGUGCCUCCACGUCCGCCACACCCGGUAAGAAUAAUAAAAAUUAUAACACGAAAAUUAUUCACAUAUGAGUUACACGUACUACAACGAAUGGAUCAAUAUCGUUUCAUUUUCAUAUUUUAGAGACUUCGUCGUGAGGCUAAUCCUGAAUCAUCAAGGAUAAGAAUUUAACAAGUUACUCUAGAUCCUUCAAACUUGAUAAAAAUACUAUCAGUGAUCAACACAAUCCUUAAUUAUAUAUUCCUCUUUAUAAUAUUUUAUACAUCCAUGGCGAUAAAUAAUACUACUUUAUGUUAAAUUUUAUUUGAUAUAACAGUAACUGAAAAGCAAGUUAAAAUAAGACAACAAAAUUUAAAUAUAAAAAUUUUGUUAUCUUAUAGAUAUCGAAUAUUUAUUGGAUAAGAUAAUAAAAAUUAAUGAUGCCUUA